ACCAAAUCUCGCGAGAACGGACGAGGGGAUAAAUUAAGGAAACAUGGCGAUGCCUAAUUUGUUAAAGAACAAGGGUUCCCUCCAGUUUGAGGACAAGUGGGAUCUUAUGCGUCCCAUCGUCCUUAAGUUGCUUCGCCAAGAGUCUGUAACUAAGCAGCAGUGGUUUGAUCUUUUCUCAGAUGUUCAUGCAGUUUGUCUAUGGGAUGACAAAGGACCAGCAAAGAUCCACCAGGCCCUCAAGGAGGACAUCUUAGAUUUUAUUAAACAAGCUCAAGCGCGAGUGCUCAGUCACCAAGAUGACACGGCGCUCCUCAAGGCUUACAUCGUGGAGUGGAGGAAGUUCUUCACGCAGUGUGACAUUCUGCCCAAGCCGUUCUGCCAGCUGGAGAUCACCCUGAUGGGCAAACAGGGCAGCAACAAGAAGUCCAAUAUGGAGGACAGCAUUGUUAGGAAGCUGAUGCUGGAUACUUGGAACGAAUCUAUAUUCUCCAACAUCAAGAAUAGAUUGCAAGAUAGUGCGAUGAAAUUGGUCCAUGCCGAACGGCUGGGAGAAGCGUUUGACUCGCAGUUGGUCAUCGGGGUCAGAGAGUCAUAUGUACAAAACUACAUGAAAUAUGCAGACGCUAAAUUAAGAGAAGAGGAGAAACGUGUACUACGAUAUUUAGAGACAAGACGUGAAUGUAACUCUGUACAAGCACUUAUGGAAUGUUGUGUGAAUGCACUGGUAACGUCAUUUAAAGAAACUAUCUUGGCUGAAUGUCCAGGCAUGAUCAAACGAAAUGAGACUGACAAGCUGCACCUCAUGUUCUCUCUCAUGGAUAAAGUGCCCAAUGGGAUUGAACCCAUGUUGAAAGACUUGGAGGAGCACAUCAUCAGUGCUGGACUGGCAGACAUGGUGGCCACUGCAGAGACCAUCACAACUGACUCUGAGAAGUACGUGGAGCAGCUCCUGACUCUGUUCAAUCGAUUUAGUAAAUUAGUGAAGGAAGCGUUCCAGGAUGAUCCUCGGUUCCUUACAGCCAGAGACAAAGCAUACAAAGCAGUUGUGAAUGAUGCCACAAUAUUUAAGUUGGAGCUGCCAAUGAAACAGAAGGGAGUGGGCCUAAAAACACAACCAGAAUCAAAGUGUCCGGAGCUGCUGGCUAACUAUUGUGACAUGCUGCUAAGAAAGACGCCACUCAGCAAAAAGCUGACCUCAGAGGAGAUCGAGCUCAAACUGAAGGAAGUGCUACUUGUGCUGAAAUACGUCCAGAAUAAGGAUGUGUUCAUGAGGUACCACAAAGCCCACCUGACCAGACGUCUGAUCCUGGACAUCUCAGCAGACAGUGAGAUUGAGGAGAACAUGGUCGAGUGGCUCAGGGAAGUUGGGAUGCCUGCUGACUAUGUGAACAAGCUAGCUAGAAUGUUCCAGGACAUCAAAGUGUCUGAAGAUCUUAACCAGGUUUUCAAGGAAGUGCACAAACACAACAAGCUGGCUUUACCAGCGGACUCUGUGAACAUAAAGAUCUUGAAUGCUGGAGCGUGGUCACGCAGCUCAGAGAAAGUGUUCGUGUCUCUGCCCACCGAGCUGGAAGACCUCAUUCCUGAGGUGGAAGACUUCUACAAGAAGAACCACAGCGGCCGCAAACUCCAUUGGCACCACCUCAUGUCCAAUGGCAUUAUCACUUUCAAGAAUGAAGUAGGGCAGUACGACCUGGAGGUCACAACCUUUCAGCUGGCUGUACUUUUUGCCUGGAACCAAAGACCACGAGAGAAGAUCAGUUUUGAGAACCUGAAACUUGCCACUGAGCUGCCUGAUGCUGAACUGAGACGAACUCUCUGGUCUCUCGUUGCCUUCCCAAAGCUCAAACGCCAAGUGCUGUUAUAUGAACCUCAAGUGAGCUCUCCCAAAGACUUCACAGACAGUACAUUGUUUUUCGUUAACCAGGAAUUCUCCUUGAUAAAAAACACCAAGGUUCAAAAGAGGGGGAAAAUAAACCUAAUUGGCCGAUUGCAGCUGACGACGGAGCGAAUGAGAGAAGAGGAGAACGAAGGCAUCGUCCAGCUUAGAAUAUUAAGAACACAGGAGGCCAUCAUUCAGAUCAUGAAGAUGCGCAAGAAAAUCACAAACGCUCAGCUGCAGACUGAGCUGGUGGAGAUCCUGAAGAACAUGUUCCUCCCUCAGAAGAAAAUGAUCAAGGAACAGAUCGAGUGGCUCAUUGAGCACAAGUACAUCAAGAGAGACGAAACGGACAUUAACACUUUCACCUACAUGGCGUAACGCAGAAACGACUCCGGAGAUGAUCUGUGACCGUUCUCGAGGACGGCGUACCUGUUGAGGAUCAGGAUGGUGAUGUCUCGAAGAUACUGCUUAGGCUGCUGGUCUGGCGGCGUAGUCAUGAGCUUGUUUUAACAACAGACAGUCACACAUCAGAUCAAAAAAAUGUAUUUAAAAAAAUAAUAAAUCCCUGCCUUACCUUACAGUGAAGACACAUGGGAUGAGGAUAG